AUAGCAACUCUGCCAGAGGCAUGGCAGGAGUCUAAUCGUGGGCCCCUUGAUCUUGACCACGCCAGCUCCCUUGUCUGCGUCUGGUCUGUCGCUGCUCAUGGCCGAGGCCGAGUUCAUGACGUAUGUUCAGGAGUUCUCCGGACGGGAGGCCGGCCAGAUCGGUCCGAAGGUGACCGAGACUGCUGAGGCCGAUCGCGUGGCGUUUGCCGAGGCGGUCCUUGAUGGUCCUUCAUCUUGGUUUUGCCAAGUGGGCCUUGGCGUAGUUGGGCGGGGCCAUUCUCCUGUUGGGCUGGAUACCCCCAUUCCCGGAUACGCAUCAGUGAGAGACAGUGGCCACAACAACGAGCACACAGAUUCGACAGAUUCGAGGCGAGCAUUCUGUAGGGACGAUACUCUGAACCAACGAUGGCGGCCGAAGAAGGUCCUCUUCCUCGUAGGAGGCGAGUGGAGCUUCCAGAAGGAAUUCUGAUGGAGGUGUUCAAUAGGUUGCCUGUUAAAGACAUAGCGAGAUGCACGGUGCUUUCGAAAGACAUCUACAACCUAAUCCAUUCACAUGCUUUCUACAGGAUGUGGAUCUCGGCCAAUCUACAAGAAACAGUAAUACUGUUU